UUCAAGCUCCCUAGAGAACCUUCGCCUCUGUAGUUCCGCUGGAACUCCAUAGUCUGAAAUGUUCUGCUCGCGGUUGCGAGGGUACGUUGUCCCGCGUUCUCCUGGACUCCCCGCGCUCCACCCUCGCCCACCCCUCGUGCGCCAUCCCCCCUUCUUUUCCGUGCCAAGGAAAACCCCACCUCCUUCCUCACCCUCUCCCCGCCCAUGUCCCCUGUUUCCGCCUCUCUCCCUUCCUCAGAUUCGCGCCUCAAAUGGCGUAAGAGGAAGCGAUACAGCAAUCCCAAGAGCCAGAAACCCCACGACAACGGCGAGGAGGAGGAGGACGACGAAGACGAGGCCCACGCCGUGGACGCGGCCGAAGAGGAUGAAAACCAUGAUGCCCAGGCCAAAAAUCCGCCCUCGGACCCCGUCCUCGACCUCCGUGAGGCCGAGGUUGUCUCCGACGCUGGCCAACGCAUCUCUGACUUUCCUGCCGUCGUCCGCCGCUUCGUCAAUCGCCCCCACUCCUCCGUCCUCGCCCUCGUCGCUGCUGAGCUCUCCUCCUCCUCCUUCUCUGCUUCCGCGGGCUCGAGGCCUUGGGCCGCUCCCCUUCUUGAAAACAUCUCCCACGGCCAGCUCCAGGCCCUCUCCACCGUCCUCGCGGACAACCCCUUGCUGCUCCAACCGCCCGACCUCGACAAGCCCUCGGCCUAUGUCUGCACUCCUCCGCCGCUCAUGGAAGGGAAGGGCGUCGUAAAGGGGUUCGGGAGGGAGCACAACAUGGUCCUCCCCAUGCAUGCUGACUGGUUCUCGCCAAUGACGGUGCACCGGCUGGAGAGGCAGGUGGUACCGCACUUCUUCUCGGGGAAGUCGAGUGACCACACGCCGGAGAGGUACAUGACGCUCCGGAACAAGAUAGUGUUCCAGUACUGGGAGAAUCCCGGAAAGAGGCUAUCUUUUGUUGAUUGCCUAGGGCUUGUUGCCAACAAAGAGAUUUAUGAUCUGAGCCGGAUUGUGAGGUUCCUGGAUCACUGGGGGAUCAUUAAUUACCUUGCCACCUCUUCUGUGCAUCGCGGGCUCAGAAUGGCUGGUUCUCUUCUAAAUGAGGAAAGUACCCGGGACCUUCAGCUAAAGACUGGACCUCUGAGAUCCAUUGACAGUCUGGUGUUGUUUGAUAGGCCAAAGUGUAGUCUUAGAGUGGAGGAUUUUGCUUUGCUGUCAUCUUCUUCUUUUUCUUCUUCUUCUGCAUCACUGGAUGCAGAUUCUGGACUUUCUGAUUUGGACACCCGGGAGCGGCUAUCGGAACAUGCAUGCAAUUAUUGCUCUUUGCCUCUGCCCAAUUUGCACUAUCAGUCACAGAAGGAGGAUUUAACCAGCAAUGCUACAUACCUCCAUUGUGAUGUAAAACGGGCUGAUGUAAUCCUUUGCUCAGACUGCUUCCAUGAUGCAAAAUUUGUUACUGGUCACUCAAGUUUAGAUUUUCUGAGAGUGGACUCCAAGAAAGAUACACCUGAUCUUGAUGGGGAUAGAUGGACUGAUCAGGAGACUUUGCUGCUGCUAGAGGCCUUGGAGAAAUAUAAUGAUAACUGGAAUGAAAUUGCAGAGCAUGUGCGCACCAAGUCAAAAGCACAAUGUAUUCUUCAUUUUGUUCGUCUUCCAAUGGAGGAUCAUCUACUAAAAAAUAUUGAACUACCACACAUGGCUGUUGCAUCUGAUUCCUCGAAAAGGCAUGAGCCUGGAUUGCCAUGUUCAGAUUCUAAUUGUGACACCACAGAAUUAAAUUCAGGAGACCAGAUUCCAUUUGGUGAUUCUGCAAAUCCAGUUGUGUCGCUGGUUGCAUUUUUGACUUCUGCAAUUGGACCAAGAGUUGCUGCAGCCUGUGCUGGUGCAGCAUUAUCUGUCUUGACUGAAGAGGACCACAGGUUGAGUUCUGAGAGCAUGCAUUCUGAACUCGGUGCUUAUGGAGCACAUGCAAACUUGGGUCACCAAAAGGAUGAAUCUCCUGAAGAUCAGGUGCCAUAUGCUAAAAAAAAUGCUGCUUCUCCUCUUUCUUCUGAACAUGUAAAACUAGCUGCCAAGAGUGGUCUGUCUGCAGCAGCGAUGAAGGCAAAACUAUUUGGUGAUCAAGAGGAGCGUGAAAUUCAGAGACUGGCUGCCACUAUCAUAAAUCACCAGUUAAAGAGGUUGGAAUUGAAGCUGAAACAGUUCGCAGAGGUGGAAACCAGUCUGCUGAAGGAAUGUGAGCAGGUGGAGAGGGCAAGACAGAGGCUUUUAACUGAGCGUGUACGGAUGAUGUCAACCCAGUUUGCACCAGCAGCAACAACUACUCAAUCAGCUGCAGCAGGGCCAACAGCAGCGGCUGCUGCUAUGAAUGCGGACACAAGACAACCAACCAUAUCAGCCUCAGUUGGGCAGGCAAACAUCUCACCUGCUUUUGGCAACAAUCUGCCAGGGCAUCCUCAGAUGUCAUUUAUGCAACGACCACAACGGUUUGUUUUUGGACCCCGCUUAUCUCCCUCAGCAAUCCACCCAUCUCCUCCAAAUGUUAUGUUCAGUUCUGCUAUGGCAAACACUUCUAAUCAUCAUCCUUUGUUGAGAUCCCCAUCAGGAAAUAAUUCAAAUAUUGGUUAAAGCAGGUGGUUUUGGGGUGCUGGGGAUUCCAAUUGUGAGCUGUAUGGAUUAUGUUAGUGCCUUGGCAUGGUGAAGUUGUCUCAUUUCUUGCUGUGAUUUUUGAAAUAUUACAAGUUUGUCUUCCUUUUUUUUUUUUUUGCCUUUCCUCUCCCUUGGAACAUGCAAUGUCUAAGAGUUUGAGCCUGGUCUUGAUUUUGCUGUCA